CAUAGAAGAUUUCCACUUCGUUUCUGGUGGCUGGUCCAGAAAGAUGCCUCAGAUCCUGCUGCUCACCUUUCUUGUCACCUCGGUGUCGCCCAUGGCCCUAGAUCCCUGCUCUGCCUAUGUCAGUCUGAAUGAUCCCUGGAGGAACACUGAACAUCAGCUGGAUGAGUCUCAAGGCUCCCCUGCAUGUGACAGCCAUGUGGACGGAGAGUGGUACCGCUUCACAGGCAUGGCAGGUGAUGCCAUGCCCACCUUCUGUGUGCCAGAAAACCACUGUGGAACCCAUGCCCCUGUCUGGCUCAAUGGCAGCCACCCUGUAGAAGGUGAUGGCAUUGUGCAGCGCCAGGCCUGUGCCAGCUUCAAAGGGAACUGCUGCCUGUGGAACACCACGGUGGAGGUCAAGGCUUGCUCCGGAGGUUACUAUGUGUAUCGAUUGGCUAAGCCCAGUGUGUGCUUCCACGUCUACUGUGGCCAUUUUUAUGACGUCUGUGAGGAGGACUGCCAGGACAGCUGCUCGGACACUGAUGAGUGCACAUGCCCACCAGGGAGUGUGAUAGGCCACGACGGGCAGACGUGUUUUGAUGAAAAUGAAUGUGAGCAGAACAAUGGAGGCUGCAGUGAGAUAUGUGUAAACCUCAAAGGCUCCCACCGCUGUCAGUGUGGGGUUGGACGUGUUCUAAGGAGCGAUGGCAGGACUUGUGAAGAUAUUAAAGGAUGCCACAGCAACAAUGGUGGCUGCAGCCACUCUUGCAUAGAAUCUGAGAAAGGCUACCACUGCGAGUGUCCCCGGGGCUUGGUGCUGUCCGACGAUAACCACACUUGCCAAGUCCCCGUGUUGUGCAAGUCAAGCACCAUUGAAGUGAGUGUCCCAAGGGAGCUGGUUGGUGGCCUGGAGCUCUUCCUGACUAACACCUCCUGCCGAGGAGUGUCCAAUGGCACCCAUGUCAACAUCUUCUUCUCCCUCAAGACAUGCGGCACCGUGGUGGAAGUGGUGGAGGAUAAAAUUGUGGCCAGCAACCUGGUGACAGGUGUCCCCAAGCAGACCCCGGGGAGUAGCGGGGAUGUCAUCAUCCGCACCAGCAAGCUUCUGAUCCCGGUGACCUGCGAGUACCCGCGUCUCUACAACAUCUCCGAAGGCUAUGUUCCCAACCUCCGAAAUGCGCCCCUAGAGAUCAUGAGCCGCAACCACGGCAUCUUCCCCUUCACGCUGGAGAUCUUCAAGGACAACGAGUUCGAGGAACCCUACCGGGAAGCUCUACCCACACUGAAGCUCCGGGACUCCCUCUACUUCGGCAUUGAGCCCCUGGUGCACGUGAGCGGCCUGGAAAGCUUGGUGGAGAGCUGCUUCGCCACCCCCACCUCCAAAAUGGAUGAGAUCCCCAAGUACUACCUUAUCCGCGAUGGCUGUGUUUCAGAUGACUCAGUGAAGCAGUACUCAUCCCGGGAUCACCUCGUAAAGCAUUUCCAGGUCCCCGUCUUCAAGUUUGUGGGCAAAGAUCAUAAGGAGGUGUUUCUGCACUGCCAGGUCCUGGUCUGCAGGAUGCUGGACGAGCAAUCCCGCUGUGCCCAGGGCUGCCACCGGCGCUUGCGACGUGAAGCAGGGCCUGCUGAAGACUGGGCCAGGCUGCAGCGUCAGACACUGAGUGGAGGCCCCAUCAGCAUCGACUGGGAAGACUAGACCCUGCUGCAGGCUAGUCCUUCUCCCCAGACUCCCUAAAGCACCAGAGAACCUUCUAGAACACCUAACUUCCUUAAACCAAGCAGUGUAAGGUUAGACAAACUCCUAGAACCCAUUGAUGGCUGCUGGUCCCUCACUGGGCAAACACUGGCAAACUAGCCUAGAUAGGACGUCAGUUUCCUCUAGUGCACAGUCAAGGGGUCGCCACAGGCUCCUCCACUUCUCCACUUAUUUCUACAUUAAAUAGUCUGUGAAUGAUGCAAAAAGACUUUCAAAGUUAGACGGUGGAUAUGAUGUUUCAAGUUAGAAACCUAAAAAACAACAAAAUUUAAAUUGCUACUUAAAUUAGAACUCAAAUACCCAAUGGCUCCUGAAUCAUGUAAAUGUUAUUUAUACCCUGAAAUUUCAAUUCAAAUUCACCAUAGUUAUAAGAGAUUUGGAAGUUUAUUAAUAAAAAGCUGUAUAAUAAUAAACUACCAUUUGGCUUUCCUCUUGUAUAAUGCUUUCUUCAGAGGUUUUCUUAUAGCCUUAAGUGAAAUAUUUUCACUUAAUAAAUAUUAAUAAGCUCAUCAAGAAGCAUUUAAGCGGUUCAGUGAUUUAACUAUAAGCAAAGGAUGCUCCCAUAUGCCCUAUGAAUCAGUAAUCAGUACCUUCAGGUCAGCAAGACAAUAGAACAAGGCAUAAAAUUAUAAUGUACUCUAUUUCACAGGUGCUUAGUAAAUUUUAUUAAAAUAAACAUAAGCCACAAGAAUCAAUGUUAUCUGAAGUUGAA